CAUAAAAAGCUAAAAAUGCGGACAUAUUCGGGGGCAGGUGUAGCCGGGGGACAGGUCAUCCAAAACAGGGACUGUCCCAAGAAAUCAGGGGUGUCUGGUCACCCUCAAAAAAACAAACAAACAAAAAAAACAACACACAGCACCUGUUUUUGGUUCUGUUGGUUCAAUUUUUGGACUUUUACAUCUUCACCCAACUCUCAGUUGCACCCAGUUCACCCAGUCCUACAGCCAUGCUUAAUAUGCAGCCAUCAUAUCUGAACGUGGGACCCGUUUGACUGAGGCCUGAAAAGUCUCUGCUCUUACAUAAUCUUAUUCUAAAACAGUGACAAGAAAAUGCCAAACAAUAGAAUGAGUAACAUUUAAUCCCGCUGGGAUUUAUGACAUGGAAAAGCAGUUAAUAUCUUGGAGGUUGCUGCUUCUCUCGGGCCACACAUCCCGGGUCUGGACAGAUUAAAGUCUUGGUUGGGGCUAUCCACACGAGCCUGACAACAGGCCUCCAGCUGUGCGGGGAAAGAUAAUCCCUCUGUUUUAAUCUGCCAGAGCGGGAGGGCGAUCCAAGCCCUGGCUGGGAGGCCGUCCAAGGGCGCAGAGCCACACCAAGUUACAGGGUCCGACGACAGUUUAAUGAUAAGCUACAGUAAAUCUCCCAUAUGUUGAGUGUGGGACAGAAAAUGGAGGCUUAAACUUGUGCAGUAUGGAAACGUCCAGCGUGACGUCUGCUGACGGCCAACGGAGGAAACUAAUGAGAUGGGAUGGGAUGUUUCUCGUUGGAUUUAUCCAUCGCUGCUAAGAUUAUUUGGGCCUCUUAUGUGCAUAUGAUAUUUACGUGUACAUAAGCGGGGAUGGCUUCCAAUUCCACUCACAGCAGCAUGGGUUUAAGGAGGGAAGGCCUAAAUAGUGGGGGAUUAUGUUGUUCUCUCUCUCCCUCCCUCUCUCCCCCUCUUAUCCUAUUUUUCUGCAUCAAACGUUCUGCCUCUCAUUUCACUUUCCGCUGCGGUGAUGACCACAGACAUGAACACGGCGGGGGUUCAUCGAGGCUUCCUCAGGAAAUAUGGAGGGUUCAUGUUUAAGCAGUGGAAGGAGAAAUACCUUGUGCUGACCAUGGAGGGAAGCCUGCUGGUGUGCCGGGAUGCAGAGUCUCCUCCGGACCAGGUGGUGGCGCUACAGACCAACUGCGAGUCCAUCGUAGAGGGAAGAGAAAUACUCGAUCUGCCCAAGCUGCCUCCAGGGGGCAGAAGGGACUGCUGCUUCGCUCUCAUCCUGCCACAGAACAAGUUCCUGCUGCUGCUCUCAGACAACCCGGACGACUGCAAUCUUUGGCUGAAGCUGAUCAGGAAAGUGAGAGAGGGUGUCAUGUCGCCCGUGACCCUUCAGAGACAACGCAGCCUCCUCACCCCCUGCAUCACGGACAGAGACCCCCUCCCCGACUCAUCCAGCGAUAAAGACCCCGGGUCCCCCAGGGUCGGCGAGGGGACCCCGCCUCUGCUCCGAGUCACCGAGCGAGGGGGUUCCUUCCGAGAGAGAGGCCUAGACCAAGCCAGUGGAUCACGGCGUUCUCUGCGUAGCGUCUCGGCGGCACCGCCCCACCGUGUGUCGGACUGCCUUCGCCACGGCAACAGCAGCGAUGCCCGGGCGGUGAGGGCGGUGUGCUUGCUGAUGGGAGGGGCGGCGGCCUCCUCCGCCCUGGGCUACCUCAGCUCCUGCGGGCCCUCCUCCCCCCUGGCCACCAGGGCCCCCGAGCUGGGUCACGGCGCCGGAGGCUUCUCCGAGCUCUCUGCCGGCGGCUCCUUCCACGCCUGCAGCCAGGACGUCGACUCCCCGCACUUCAACAGCUUCGACUUUGAAGGAGACUCCGACUUUGAUGCGUUUGACUGUGGGGGAUUUGCAUUUUAGUUGUGAGGAAAGAGAAAUAAACUGUGUGAAAUACACUUUUUCCUGCCCCUGCCCAACAGAUCCCCCUGCGCUGGUAUUCCUUUAUAAUAUAAGGGCAUUGUGAUCACUUGAUGGGUUUAAGAAUUUAUAAAUUAAUGAAGCUGUUCUUCCUGGCUUUACGCCCAUGCUCCUCAGGUAAAUGAUUCAUGAUCUUGACUCCUCUGAACACCGUCUGUCUGUGUUGUAUCACUCUUUCCAUGCAACAUGACGGCUUGAUGUUGAUUCGGUUACAGCAGCAUCAUUCCAUGGACAUUCAUAAGGAUUUUUUUUUUUUUUUGUCUCAGAAUUAAUUGGGGAUCCAAGCAGCAAAGCUGCAGAAACCCCAUUGUUUUUGUCAGUGUUAAAUUAUUAUUGUGUUUUCCACUAUUUGCCUCAUUUUCUACUUUUAAACAAAACACAUUUCUCCUCAUCUACAUACUGUAUCUCCAGAAUGUAACGUGGGAAUCGUGUGGACCACAUUCUCUCCACUUCUUUUGCCCCGCUUUGCAGAAAUCCCCUUAUUACCCGUCUUUUGCUUCUAAAUAAACCCUGCUGUCACCGUGA